AUGAAAACUGCUUUUUAUAUUCCGGUUCUGUACCAUUUUUUUUUGUGCCAACUUCUAUCACUGCGCUACUACUACUACUACUACUACUACUACUACUACUACUACUACUACUACUACUACUACUACUACUACUACUACUACUACUACUACUACUACUACUACUACUACUACUACUACUACUACUUAGUACUACUACUACUACUACUACUACUACUACUACUACUACUACUACUACUACUACUAACGUUAUAUAUAUCCACAAGACAGUGCAUGGACGAAGAGAGUUGCGAAAAUAAAUCCCUCAACCCACUUGCGAAUUCCGUGGGAAUUCAAUAA